GGCAGAGGUGUCCGCACAGCAGCUACCCUGCAAGUUGUUUCUAUUAAACCUGCAUAAGGAAAAUACACUGACUUGACCACGGGGAAGCUUGUUUUCAGUUGUUGUUUUUAAGGUUCCGCGCGAAUGGCUGAACCCACCAUUCCAGUGCAUUCUUUUCAUCAGCGCUGACCUUCAUGGUGAAUGAGCAGAAUGUUGCUUCCUUUUCAAGCUCCAGAAAAUGAACACCACCCUCUGUGACCCUGCAGCGACUAUGUUUCACCUGAUGACACAGUACUACGCGAACACCAGCUGCAACUGCUCCUCACCCCCAUCCAACUGGACGGAAGGGGGCGAUGCCUUGCAGCUACCCACGUUCACCACAGCGGCUAAAGUCAGGGUGAUAAUUACCUUCAUUCUGUGUGGUGUAUCAGCCUUUUGCAACCUGGCUGUGCUGUGGGCGGCACACAGCGAUAGCAAACGUAAAUCCCACGUCAGAGUCCUGAUCAUCAACCUGACAGUGGCUGAUCUGCUGGUGACCUUCAUUGUGAUGCCUGUGGAUGCUGUGUGGAACAUCACAGUUCAGUGGCUUGCUGGGGACUUUGCCUGCAGGCUACUGAUGUUUCUUAAGCUGCAAGCAAUGUACUCCUGUGCCUUUGUCACAGUGGUGAUCAGUCUGGAUCGGCAGUCGGCUAUACUAAACCCUCUGGCAAUCAGUGAGGCCAGAAAGAGAAACAGAGUCAUGCUGGCGGUGGCGUGGAGUAUGAGCGUGAUGCUGUCGGUCCCUCAGGCUUUCCUUUUUCACAAUGUGACCAUCAAUGAUCCAGAGGACUUCACUCAGUGCUCCACGCAUGGAAGUUUUCUCACCCACUGGCAUGAAACAGCCUACAACAUGUUCACUUUCUCCUGCCUGUUCCUGCUGCCACUGGUCAUCAUGAUCACCUGUUACACCAGGAUCUUCUGUGAAAUUUCCAUGCGACUGAAAAAGGACAACCUUCAGUCCAAUGAGAUACAUUUGAGGUGUUCAAAGAAUAACAUCCCGCGAGCCCGGAUGAGGACUCUUAAAAUGAGCAUUGUGAUAGUGGUGUCUUUCAUCGUCUGCUGGACUCCGUACUACCUGCUGGGACUGUGGUACUGGUUCUUUCCUGACGACCUGGAGGGGAAGGUCUCCCACUCGCUGACCCACAUCCUGUUCAUAUUCGGGCUGGUCAACGCCUGCCUGGAUCCAGUCAUCUACGGCCUGUUUACCAUUCACUUCCGAAAGGGGCUCCGGAGGUUUUACCACAAGGCCACCAAAGCAUCAGACCUUGAAAACAACACAGUUAUAACUGGAUCUAUCACUUGUGCUGCCAAUUCUUUCCAGCUGCAAAAAGAGGCAAACUCUAACAGCCAGGAGAGUUUUAUGUUGUGCAUUAAUGACGGCAAGAAAGCUGAGUGUGUGUCACAGAAGAGCAGCUUUUUAACAGCAGACAAUGUUGCAGAGAGGGAUUACAUCCAGUCCAACACUGAGAGCAUCAUAUGACAGGAAUGCAGAAUAGAGGCUAUCUCACAUGUAUUUCUACUGUUGUGUAAUUGUAUUAUUUAUUUAAAUUUAUUUUGUGGUUGAUAUGUUGGCUCUGUAUUACCUACUGUCUUUUUGACUUCACAAAUAUCCACACGCUUUC